GAUUGAUCGAGGCAUCGUUGGAAAGGCUUUAGCUCUGUCAAGACCAGAUUGCGCGUGCGUUGGUCUGUGGACAACAUGCCAAUGCCUUUUGUAUGUCUACCUCUACCUUCCAGCGACUCUUCUUUAUCACUCGUUCCCACGACUACUCGGAUACAUGCAGGUGCCAUCAUUAUCCCUCCCACCAUCCAUAUCAUCCUCCCCUCUUCCGCCCUCAUGAGACGCGGCUCUCCUCCUUCGCGCCGGCGAUAGCCUGACCUCUCUCUGGCGUCUUCCUCGUCGCGACAUACACAGCUUCUUGACGUUGCGACCAGUUCCGCAGACGGGCAAUUUCAAUCAUGGACACCAUUCGCACGCUUCUUCAGAUCCGCCAGGCUCCUAGCACCGAUCCCAAUGAUGACCAAAACAUUGGUUCCAGCAGAGACUCCGAUCCCUCACUGUCUGGACUUGUGAGCACCCUGGUACCAACUCUGCUCAUCUCGGUCGCAUAUUUUGCCAUCUUCCUUCUUCUGCGGACAAGGUUUCCCCGACAAUAUGCUCCGCGGACGUACUUGGGUGCAUUGCGACCACAGGAGCGAACUCCAUCUCCUCCAAGUUCUCUGCUGGGAUGGAUUCCGUUUAUGAGAAAGUUGCCCGACGAGUACGUUCUCCAGCACAACUCUCUGGACGGCUACUUUCUACUUCGAUAUCUCAAGAUCUCAGUCGUCAUCUGUUUUGUCGGCUGCUGUAUCACCUGGCCGAUUUUGUUCCCUGUGAAUGCCACCGGCCACGCUGGACAGACGCAACUCAACAUUCUCAGUUUCAGCAACAUCCAAGACAAGAACCGAUAUUACACCCACGCUCUCGUUGCUUGGGUCUUGAUUGCCUUCAUUUUCUUUCUUGUCACCCGGGAAAUGAUCUACUUCAUCAACCUCCGCCAGGCCUAUCUUUUGUCCCCGCUGUAUGCUUCCCGCAUGUCGUCUCGUACCGUGCUGUUUCAGGCCGUCCCAGACGACUACGCGGACGAAGGCAAGAUUCGCAAGAUGUUUGGCGAGGAACUCAAGAAUAUUUGGAUCGCCUCCGAUGCCAAGGAGCUGUCAAAGAUGGUUGAGGAGCGACAGAAGCUUUGUAUCAAACUGGAAACCGCCGAAACGAAGCUGAUCAAGCUGGCCAACGAUGCGCGUCUGAAAGCGCUCAAGGCCAAUCCAUCAUACAAUCAUGAUCAGGACCGUCAACGACUCGAUCAAGACGAUGGCUACAGCACUGAGCCAGGAUCAGCUGCUGCACGGUGGGUUCGGCCUCAGGACCGACCAACCCACCGUCUAAAGCCGCUGAUCGGCAAGAAGGUUGAUACUAUCAACUGGUGUCGGCAGGAGAUUGCAAGGCUGAACCCUCUUAUUGAAGCCGCUCAAACCGAGUACCGAUCAGGCCAAGCCCGAGCAAAGAAUGCGGUGUUUGUGGAGUUCUGGAAUCAGACCCAAGCACAGGCGGCGUUUCAGAUGGUUGCCCAUCAUCAGCCACUGCACAUGUCUCCUCGGGUCGUUGGUCUGAGUCCAGACGAGGUCGUCUGGUCAAAUCUAGGGAUCACAUGGAAGACGAGGACUACCCGCAACAUUGUCUCUUUGGCCUUUGUCACUGCGAUGAUCAUUUUCUGGUCAAUUCCCACCGCGGUCGUUGGGUCAAUUUCCCAAAUCUCAUACCUGACCAAAGUGGCGCCCUUUCUGAAAUUCAUCAACGACUGUCCCGAGGUCAUCCUGGGAGUGAUUACUAACCUCCUCCCAGUGGUGAUGCUUUCACUUUUGAUUUCCUUGGUUCCGCCGAUAAUGAAAUUCAUGGCCAAAAUCGCCGGAAAGCCCACAUUGUCACUGAUCGAACUUCGAUGUCACGAAUCUUUCUUCUGGUUCCAGAUUGUUCAGGUUUUCCUGGUCACCACCAUGACCUCGGCGGCCAGUGCGGCUGUUCCCCAGAUCAUCAAAGAACCCGGGACCGUGACGAAUUUGUUGGCGGAAAAUCUCCCACUCUCGUCAAACUUUUACAUUUCCUACUUCAUUCUGCAAGGAUUGGUGUUUUCCUCGGGCCAACUGCUCAGGAUUACCGGAUUGAUCGUGUUCAAUGCAUUGUCCAAGUUUCUGGACAAGACCCCUCGCAAAAUGUACAACCGCUGGUCCAGUUUGAGCUCCGUCGGGUGGGGGACUACGUUUCCGAUCAUUGAGAUGAUGACAGUCAUUUCCAUCACAUACUCCGCCAUUGCCCCCUUGAUGCUGGGCUUUGCCACCAUCGGUCUGGGUCUGUUUUAUUUUGCCUAUCGCUACAAUCUCCUGUUUGUCGACAGUUCGGUCAUCGACACUAAAGGUUUGGUCUACGCCAAAGCUCUACAGCAUACCCUGGUAGGAUGUUACUUGGCUGUCCUAUGUCUGAUUGGACUGUUUGGAAUCCGGGCGGCUCCCGGCCCAUUGGUUCUGAUGGUUGUUUUGCUGGUUAUUAUGGUGCUGUACCAUAUCUCCAUGACCUCGGCUGUUGACCCGCUGCUGCAUUAUCUCCCUCGAUCGCUGGAGAUUGAAGAGGCUGCAUUGCUGGAAGAAACUGGUGGUUCUUCUCCCGAUGUGGGUGCGGACGGUCACGGCUACGCCGAGAAGAAUGUCGCCGUCAAAGAUGGGCCAGGCCAGACAAAAGUGUCAAUGGCGUCGUCGAGGUCUGACAAAAACAAAAGUGGUGGUGGUGGUACUGGUACGAAUGGAGCCGGAUGGUUGUCCAAGUUCAAAAAAUUCUUCAGACCAGACGUCUACGCCAGUUACGCCGUCCUGCGCAAAUUGGUGCCCCAUGACUUUGUGGAAAUACGAUACUCGCCCGAAAUUGAGAGAGAUGCGUACCAGGACCCGGCUGUCAAUGCGGCUCCUCCGCUUCUAUGGGUCCCUCGUGAUGACAUGGGUGUUUCAAGACAGGAGUGUUUGCAUACGAAUACGGUCACGCCGAUGACUGAUGAGGGGGCUUUCUUUGAUGAGAAGGGGAAGAUUGUUUGGGAUGAGGAGGCGAGUGGGGGGAGGCCGCCGAUUUUUGAGGAGAAGAUAUAUUAUUGAUUGGGACCGGUCUCAAAAGGAGGGGGUGUUUAUAGGUACGUAUGGAACUUGAUACUGGUGGUUAAUGUCGAAACCGACAAAAGGUGAAACGCCGAACGACGGGAUUGAUUCAUGAACGGCGGAGGAAGGCUCAUUGAAGUAGAUACACUUUAGAGCAUCGAGUUGACGCUGGUAACCGUGGUGUACUGGAAAGGGGGGGCUUGGGAGGCCGAGGGCUUCAGCCUUGUCUACCAGGUAUCUCAUAUAAAAUUUAAAGAUACGCAUUUUCUGCAGAUGAAGUGAUUGCCUAAGAUGGGGCAAAUCACACAUUAUCUUGCCACAGACAUGAGGUAUACAUAUAUAUAUAUAUAUAUGUAUAUGUUAUACCGUGCUUGACACUACCUAACUAC